GUAUAAUCAAAAUUGACGGUAGGCAUCGGUGCGCUGUGUUGAAAAGAGCGGGUGGGGUAAUGUAAAUACAUUACAUAUCGGUAGUUAAUACAUUGAAGUGUUAAAUUUAUGUUUGAAACAGCGUAAAAAUAUUUAAUAAGUGAACUUUAACAAUAAUAUGAAUGUUUACCACCAUAAAUCAAUCAAUCAUUAUUUUAAAGUAAUCCCAUCAACACACAGGAUGAAGUGCAUUCAUACCACUAAGCCUCUUAGGUUGAGUCAGUGCAACUGUAAAUGCUGUAACAGGACUAUUUCAGUGUCCGAAAGUAUUUGAUAAGUUGCAUGUGUGUUUAAAAUCUAGAUAGAACAUAUAAUAGUGUCACACAGCAAUUAGUCACUGUCAGUGUGUUACAAUGAUAUUACCAGUGUAAUGGCAGAGGUAGUGUUCACCCAUCAAGUGCCAAAGGUUACCAAUUUGAUUCUCUGUCAAGACAAGCCAUAGUCAAGUAAAAAAUAGUAUUGUAUGUAUUUGUCUGAAAACAAAUGAGCCAGAGUGUGGAGUCGCAUAAAUUGUUAUUCUUUUUGCAGGAUCUAAAAUGUCGAAGAAACGUAAGCUCGGGGACGGCUCUACUAAAGAUGUUCAGCUGUAUUGUCUGUGCCGACAGAAGAAUGACGAGAAUGAAAUGAUGGUUGAAUGUGACUUCUGCGAUGGUUGGUUUCACCCACGUUGUGUUGACAUGGAUGAAGACGAGGCUGGUUAUUUGUCUUCAUGGAACUGCCCUGGUUGUAUAGAGAUCAUGAAUGAAAAUCCAACAUUGACUCGCAAAGCUUUACUGGCUUUCCAAGGAAGAAUUGCCCCAAAGAACGGCUGGGGUCAAGAUUUCUAUGUCACCGAUAUCGACGAGAAGGUCUUGGAUGAGAAAGUCAAGACAAAACGACAUAGAAUUGAGGGAUACAACCUUUUUCGAGAAGGCAAAGUAUCAAAACUAAGUUGCGUGAAAUCCGAAUCCGGAAAAUAUAUAUAUUUUAAGGGUGUCGCUGUCCCUUCUAUGAAGGAUAAGGACUACCAUGUCCAUUUGUGUCUGAAAAAUGGUGGUACCUCCAUGAAGUGGGCAACUUGCACCUGUCCUGCUGGUAAUGAUGGACAGUGCAAACAUGUUGUGGCCAUUGUGUACUUGAUAAUUGACCUCCAUAGACAAGGAGUGGAGAAAAUUCCAGACAUCCAAACUUGUACAGAUAAAUUACAAAUGUGGCAUGUGCGAAAACCCAUUUCUGACGAACCACUUUUGUUUAGUGACAUUAACUUUGUGAAACAUGACCCUUUCAAAGUGGCAAAGAGAGAAUUGUGUUCUACAGUGAAAUAUCACAAUCCUGUACCGCACUUUGCAAAAGCUGUGUCAAGUACACAGAUUGAAAAACUUGUUAAAUUGUAUGACACUGGUGGGCUGAAAUUGCCAGUUAUAGAAACAUUAAGGAGCAACAACUGUGAGCCAGUGUUACCAAAAGCCCAAAGUGAUGCAAGUGACUUGAAUGACAUGCUCUUUGAGCGAUUACAAGAAACAACCAGUACCUUCAGCAAAACUUGCCAUGAAUUCAGCGAAAAUGAGAAGACAUUCUAUGAAGGACUUAUCACCUGUGACAUUAAGAUGUCUAAAAACAUUGAAAAACAAACACGGAUGCAAAGCAAAAAUGCUAAGUGGUUUUCUGAGCGCGAGUACAGAAUAACAUCUUCUACAUUUGGAACAUUUUGUAGAAUGAAGUCAACAACUGAUCCAUGUAAAACAUUUGACCAAAAAAAGGUGCACUUCACAAGUCGCAGUGUAAAACAUGGGAUCAUGUAUGAGAAUGUUGCGUUUGCUAAAUAUGCACAACAGACAAAUGUUACAGACAGUGCUGUAGGUCUGGUAGUGAAUCCAAACAUUCCAUUUCUUGGUGCAAGUCCUGACCGAAUAGUUCUGACAGAAGAUAGGGUCAUGAAGUUGGUAGAAGUGAAAUGUCCAUACAGUUUGUUUGAUAGAAAAACUUCAAUCCAGAAACAGAUAAAUAAUAGAUCAUUCUAUUUGAAAAAAGACAAUGACAGAGUCAAGCUACAUGAAAAGCAUGACUAUUACUUUCAGAUUCAAGGACAGUUAAAUAUUUGUGGUAUCGAAACAUGUGACCUGGUUGUGUUUGUUCCCCCUGAUGACAUUAUGAUAGUUUGUGUGGAAAGGGACCAACACUUCUUCAACAGUGUCAUGUUGCCUAAGCUGUCAGACAUAUGGUUCAACAAGUUACUGCCACACUUUGUUUCUUAAUGCUUUCUGUAGUGUCAGUCUAUGUUAUUAGAUGCAUUCCUUUUAUAUUAGUGUAUUAUUUGAGUCGUGUUACAGGAAAAG